AUGGCGUCCGCGACGACUUUUUACGACUUUGAGCCUGUCGAUAAAAAGGGCUCCCCCUUCCCUCUCACCCCCCUCAAAGGCAAAGUCAUCCUCGUCGUCAACACUGCCUCCAAAUGUGGCUUCACCCCUCAGUUUAAGGGCCUCGAGACCCUCUACCAGACCAUCAAGGAGAAGUACCCCGAGGACUUCACCAUCAUCGGCUUCCCCUGCAACCAGUUCGGCAGCCAGGACCCGGGCUCCAACGACGACAUCCAGUCCUUCUGUCAGGUCAACUACGGCGUCACCUUCCCCGUGCUGGGCAAGCUCGACGUCAACGGCGAAGAGGCCGCGCCCCUGUGGACUUGGAUGAAGGAGCAGCAGCCUGGCCUGAUGGGCCUCAAGCGCAUCAAGUGGAACUUUGAGAAGUUCCUCAUCUCCCCUGACGGGAAGGUCGUCGGGCGCUGGGCUAGCGUUACCAAGCCCGAGUCGCUGGAGCAGACCAUCCUAGCUGAGAUUGAGAAGUCUAAGAAGGCGGGGUUGCUGGCGUCGCAGCAGGCUCAGGGUGGUGGUGAACAGGCGAAGUUGUCGUAA